AUGCCUCCUCCGAGCGGCGCCAAGUGGUGCACACCAUGCCCCAAGCCAUUCAGUGAUCACGUCUACAAGACUGUUCAGGGUGUUGAUGUCCCCCUUCGGAUCUGGCCGGCCGAGAAUCCGUCUGACGAGCCGUUGCCUUGGCUGCUAUGGAUACAUGGUGGAGGAUGGGCCGGAGGCUAUCAUACUCGAAUGGUUGGCUGGGUUCAUCCCGCGUUCCACGGCCGGCAAUAUCAUAUCGUAUCUGUUGGGUACCGACUCAUUCCGCAUGUAGGCUUCAAUGAGCAAGUGGAGGAUCUAGUCGAUUCGUUCAAGUGGUGUCGAGAACAUCUGCCGACUAUGAUCAGCGUCGACCUUGAGCGAUACGCCGUAGCUGGAGACUCGGCCGGAGGAUACUUCUCGUCUUUGUCUCCACACAUCUUCUCCCCGGCCCCGAAGGCGAUCAUUAACAUUUAUGGCCCGACAAACUUCACAGGACCAUGGGCGAAUCCUACGCCGCUCAGCCCUGAAGAGCUGGACGCUGCGUUCUCAAAGAUCGAAUUCCUAGACUCUGAUCGAAAAAGAGAACAACUGGAUGCAUAUUGGGCAGAGAGAGACCCUUCCAAAGCCAUGACUGUCGCGCCUUGGUGGUGGGAGUUCGACAUCCCUCAAGGAGAACAUGAAGCCUACCACGGAGUCACGAGCGUUAACAGGGGAGAUGAAGAGAGACUCGUCAUGGAUGUGUAUCGCUGGGUGGCAGCUACUAGGACUCGUAUAACCAAUUGGUUUAGGAAAGAAGACUUUAACAGUCAGGAAGAGUACGACAAGUUUGUACGGAAAGCCAGCCCACUCUUUGGAAUCACAAAAGACCACCCGCCCACGUUCAUACUUCAUGGAACUGCAGACACUGCUGUACCGAUCGAGCAAAAUUAUGUGUAUGAGAAAACUCUGAAGGAGGCGGGUGUCCCGGUGAAUUCGAGGUAUGACGAAGGUGGGGAACAUAGCUUUGAUGCCAGGAUACUGGAUGAGAAAAGCGAAGAUUGGCAGAUGUAUAUUGUCCCAGCAAUGGAUUUCAUCGAUCAGCACGUCAAAAGGUCGCGUUGA